AUGUCUGUUGAAACUGCUUUAGCUUACGCUUCUUUGAUUUUGGCUGACGCCGAAGUUGAGAUCUCUUCCGAGAAGUUGUUGACCUUGACCAACACCGCAAAGGUCGAAGUUGAAUCCAUCUGGGCUGAUAUCUACGCUAAGGCUUUGGAAAACCAAAACUUGAAGGAAUUGAUGGUCAAGAUUGAAGGUGGUGCUGCUGCCGCUGCUCCAAUUGCUGGUGCUGCUGGUGCUGCUUCCGGUGCUGCUGCCGAAGAAGCUAAGGAAGAAGAAGAGGCUAAAGAGGAAUCCGACGAUGACAUGGGUUUCGGUUUGUUUGACUAA